AUGAGUGACAAUACCAAGCGCCACUGGCACGGGAAUCCCGGUGACCGAUAUGAGCACCUUAACGUAUGGAUGAAUGGAGGAGCGAAGGCUCCUGCAGACCGGGCUGUGUGGGCGAUGCUGCCAGGGAUGGAGACCACAACUCGACGGGACUCUGAUUCCUCUACUUCCUCCACUGGCAGCAACGCCUCUACCAACGCCGCCGGCGGCAACAGCCCUUCCAUUCCAAGCGUGAGCGAGAGACGUCGCUCCAGCGCUAGCUCCGGCGCCGCUCCUGGCCUCUUUGCCAACCUGCAAACCCAGAAACGAAAUUCAGGAGAUGCCAGCUUGAGCGACCGACGUGCCAGCUGGAAUGAGCAGAAGCCCACAGGUAACUACUUUUCGAAGUGGUGGGAUGGCUAUACGCGCGGAAAGUAG